AUGUCUUCCGGGAAGAUGACGAUGUACAAGCUGGUGGUGCUGGGAGAUGGAGGUGUCGGGAAGACGGCUCUCACCAUUCAGUUAUGCCUGAACCAAUUCGUCGAGACGUACGACCCUACUAUCGAAGACUCGUACCGUAAACAAGUACAAAUCGACAGCCAGUCAUGCAUGCUUGAAGUGCUAGAUACUGCCGGGCAAGAGGAGUACAUUGCGCUCAGGGACCAGUGGAUCCGCGACGGCGAAGGCUUUGUUUUGGUCUACAGCAUAUCCUCACGCUCGUCCUUCACGAAGCUGGAGAAGUUCCACCGCCAGAUUCAGCGGGUCAAAGAGUCGGCUGCGGCAGGUUCGCCGACAUACCCAGGCUCGCCCUUGUCACAGACAAUGUCGAACGCAUCGUUGGGACCGGCGCCUGUCAUGCUGGUGGGCAACAAAUGCGACAGGGUGACGGAGCGUGAGGUAUCAACACAAGAGGGAAGCGCACUAGCGAAGAAGCUAAACUGCGAGUUUGUGGAAGCAUCCGCGAAGAACUGCAUCAACGUGGAAAAGGCAUUCUACGACGUCGUGCGGCAACUUCGCAAGCAGCGAGUGUCAGGCCCAUCGCGUCAGACUACUGGAAGAGACGGCAUGAACACUGCUUUCAGCAAGUCGACACGCGCACAGUACAUGUCGGACAGAGACUACGACCGCGAACCGCGUUACCGCAGGAAGACCAACCGCCAAAAGGGCGGCAGCAAAUGCGUCAUUCUCUGA